AUGGCACGAGGACUGAUCCCGCGUGAGUGAAAGCUGCAGGUGAAGAUGUUUUUACCUGAAAACAAGCCGCAGGAUGAGCGCUGAUGAAGGUCCUCUCUGUUCACAGCAGAAACAACACUGAUGAGCUCGCUCGCUCGCUCUCUCUCUCUCUCUCUCUCUCUCUCUCUCUCUCUCUCUCUCUCUCUCCUCUAAUGUAAUGCACUCAGUGUAGCCUAUCUGAGGCUCUGCUGGCGUCACGAGUUGAUCGAAUGAACUAAAGCAGAGAAACAGACCACACUUAAAAACAAUUAUGUUGAUGGACCAUAAUAAAACACACGCACUGCAAAACAAAUAGUCACCCGUGGUGUUAAACAGGGACAUGAGUAUAUCAUUUUUGAUUGGUUAAAAGCAGUUUUUUUAGAAGUGCCCCGUGGAUGCCCUUGUCUAAAAUGUAAAAACAUACACUCCUUUAAAAACCAUUUAGUUCUUCUCAGUACAAGAUCUCCUCAGUGUACGAAACUAAAAAAUAGCGCCCCCUGGAUGCUCUUUCACAUCAAAAAUAGCCCUUUGGAUGCCCUUCCAGUGAAAAACGCACAAGAAUAGGGCCCUCCCCCCCAGUUCAUAAUACAUAUGAAAAUUCCCUCUAGAUAACCUUCAGGUGUACAGAAUGUAAAUUAGUUCCCUUUAGAUGCCUCUGCAGUGUAAAUGCCACGUUAAAUGCAAUGUUUAAAAUGCCACCUGGAUGACCAGCCAGUUUAUACAUUGUAAAAAUGGUGCCUUCUGGAUCCCCAUCCGAUUAAAAAUGAAUAAAAAGUGCCCUUUAAAUGCCUAUUUGAGUGAAUAUUCUGUAAAAACAAUGCCCUCCCAGUGUAUUAUCAUUUAAUCGUGCCAUAUGGAGGCCCUUUCAGAGUGGAAGGAUCUGUUUUAGGUCCAAAACUCUUCAUUUUAUACAUAAACGAUAUCUGUAACAUGUCAAACCUUUUAAAAUAUGUUCUGUUUGCGGAUGAUACAAACUUAUUUUGCCAUGGGAAAAAAUUGGAGGAGCUUCUGAACACAAUGGAAGGAGAACUGAACAAACUUAGGACGUGUUUUGAUAUAAAUAAAUUAUCCUUGAAUAUAAAUAAAACAAAACUUGAAAACCAAAAACCAAAAAAAAAAAAGACAAUGAAAUCACCUUAAAAAUAAAUAAUGUACCAGUUGAAAGAGUAUAUAAAUAUAAAUUCCUUGGAGUGCUUAUUGAUCAUAAAUUAAGCUGGAAAUCUCACAUAAAACUUGUUAAAAGGAAAAUGUCCAAAACCAUAGCUAUAUUAUAUAGAUCGAAAGAAAUAUUGAAUCAAAACUCUUUAUAUUUAUCGUAUUGUUCCCUCAUAGUCCCAUACAUGACUUACUGUGUGGAGAUAUGGGGAAACACCUAUAGAUCCGACGUUAAUUCAAUCUUUAUUUUACAGAAAAGAGUUAUACGAAUAAUCAAAAGAGCAGAGUAUCAGGAGCAUACCAACACCCUAUUUUUAAAUCUGAACACACUAAAAUUCUAGGAUAUAGUCCAUCUUCAAACCUUAUUGAUUUUGUUCAAAGCUCACAAAGAUCUCCUUCCUUCUUGUAUUCAGAGGUUGUUCCAGAAGAAAGAGAACAAGUAUGAGCUUAGAAAUAAAGAUAUGUUUGAAACAAACUGGGCAAGAACAAAUACCAAACAACAUUGUAUAACUGUGAAAGGGGUACGUCUAUGGCAAAGCUGUGAUAAGGAACUAAGGAUGUGUAGUUCAAUACAUGGAUUCAAGAAAAUGUUUAAAUAUAAAAUGAUAAAUAAAUACAGAGAGAUUUUAUGAUCAUAUUAUCUAUUAUUGCACGGUAUAUACAGUAAUGUGCUGUGUAUAUGGUAGAUAAUGUAUGGUCUUAUGUAUAUGGUGUACAUGUAUGUAUACAUAUGUAGGUGUGUGCGUGUAUGUAGAUAUGUAGGUAUGUGUAUGUAUGUGUAUGUAUGUAUGUUGGUGUAUGUAUGUACACGUGUGUAUAUGUAUGUGUAAGUAUAUACGUAUAUGCAUGUAUGCAUAUAUAGAUGCAUAUAUUGUUUAUAUUGUCGUGUAAUUCAAAACCAGAUUUUUUAAUUUUUUUUUUUUUUUGCUUCUGUUUUGUACAGAUUUAUUUUGUUUAUUUUUGUGCUGCUUCUCUUGUUUUCUAUCUUUGAAAGUAUAUUCUUUACAUUCUGCCUAAAAGUGAGGAAAAGGUAGGCACAAUAAGCCAUGGGCUUCAGCCUACACCUUUUUUUGGCCCAAUGAUUUAAAUGAAAUGAAAUGAAAAGUGUAAUUACAACAUUUUGGGACCAAAAAUAAACUGAACUGAACUGAAAAACCGGACUGAAACUGAAUAUUAGUGCUGAACUCAAACUGCAGCUACACUAUGGAGGGAAAACACAGCAGAGACAUUUGAACAGGUAAGUGCAGACCUAAUUACCUGCUGUGACCUUUACUUUUACUCAAACUUAUUUCUUUUCAUCUCUAUGAGAUCUGACAACAGUUAAACAUAAUUGACAGUCAAAUAUUUUCACUUAAUUUUACAAAAAAUACAAUUCUGCAUUAAAACCACAAAUUAUAAAAGACUUUUGGAAUUUUUUAAAAUUAAAAUAAACAAAUGCAGCCUCAAUUAUCUGCACACUAAGCCUCAGCUUACUAAAGUGUGCUUUUAAACUUUAGGCUUUUUUGAAAACCAUUUGUUUCCUUUUUUCUUAGAUGGCACACUGAAAUAAAAAAGUCUAAUCAUGUCUCUUGCCAUGUCUCAAAAAACAAUUCAAACCUUUAAUUUGUCCCAUUUUUUUUUUUUUAUUUCGAUCCUGGAGCUCCCUUUCUCUUUUGUUUUCCAUGAUGUGUUCAGUUUUAUGCCUUUUUAUGUCUUUUAUAAAUAACAUUGAGCUUAUUAUCACUCAGAGCCUGAACACUACUGAUAUCUGCUGUCAUUCAUCCAAUCAGUGUUUGCUCCAUCCAAAAAGUCUGACUCUGCACAUUCAGGGUUUAUCUGCUCUGCACUGGCACUGCUGGAGUUACGAGAUAUGACUGUAAAUUCAGACUUUCAAUUAUCUCUUGCAUUUGUUUUAUUUUGGUGUACUAAAAACUGAAAUAUCAUAAAAUUUCAGCUAUUAUUUUAACGAAAUUAGUUCCAAAAAUGAAGGACAAGCUUCACUAAAACAGGGACUUAGGUAGAAAAUGGUUAUGGGGAAAAUAUAAAAUCUGCAACAAAAAUGUGCAGAUUUAGUGACGAAGACCUUUGCGUGCAUCUCAUCAUAAAUCCUUACAAUCUGAGUUUUAUGAUACAGUUAAACAUCUACAUCCUUUGGCUCAUCACAGGCUACUGGGCCACCUGCAGCUCUUGCCAGUCUCCACUGUGCAAGGAGGAUUUCCCAAAACCUCCUGAUCUGCAUGUCAACAUAGAAUUCAGAGACAUGUUGGAGCUUUUUAAGAAGCAAAGUCAUACGGUGAAUGUGAAAAGUUCCCGUCCCAGGGAAGGGGAAGUGGAAGUGCUCUGCAGUCUCUGCGAUGGGACAAGGCAUAAAGCUGAUAAGUCCUGCCUGAUUUGUCUGGCCUCUUACUGCAAAAAUCACCUGAAGCCACAUAGCUCAGUUCAGGCUUUGAGGUGGCACAAGCUCAUCAACCCUAUGCAGACUCUGGAAGACAGGUUGUGCAAGAUACACAAUAAGAUACUGGAGUUUUUCUGCAAGACAGACCAGAGCUGUGUCUGCGCCCUGCGCUUAAAGAAUCACCUCGGAAUGCAUGAAGUUGUCUCUUUAGAGGACAGGCUCAAGGACAGGAAAACCAAGCUGAGUCAUGCAAAAACAGAGGUCAAGCGCAACUUAAAUGAAAAGCGCUUGCUGGUUCAGAACUCAAUAACGCAAUGUCAUGGUGAGCUACAGAGAUCAAAAGUGGAAACUGGAAAGGCCUUGGACGCUCUAGUGGCCUUGAUUGUGACCAAAAAGAUGACACUAAUCGAGCUGUUGGAGGGGAAACAGAGAGCUGCUGAGCAACAGGCUAAAACAUUCAUCCGACAACUGCAGCUUGAGAUCACUGAGGAUACUCAGAGGUAUACUGAACUAGAAGAGCUCUCAAAGACCUCCUCGAAGACUUCCCAUCCCUGCCCUUCCCUCUGA